AAGCACUUUAAUAGAAAGACAGCUACAGUGUUUAUAGCAUCAUAAUUGACAAAAAAUACUAAAAUUCUUAAAUUAUAAAUGGUUUCUAGACCUAAAUUAGCUCAUAAUCAAGACUAUAGGCACCAAAAGUUUAAAGUUCUGAACAAGCACGUCAUUUGGUUGUCGAAGGUCAUCUCAAGGCACAUUUACGUAACUGGUGUUUACAUGGCUCUGGGCCUUUUCAGUUUGCUUGAGUCUUUAGUUUUGAUGCUUAAUGCCAUUUGUAUCCUACACGAGAAAAGAUUUCUGUCUAAAAUUGGCUGUGGCCGGACAGAUAAUGAAUACAGUCCCCCUACAACUGUGAAGUAUCAGUUUUUAACGUUUAUCCACUCUAUCCGGACUGUAAUGAGAGUACCACUGAUAGGUGUCAAUAUCGCGAUGAUUGUUUUCAAGUUAGUCUUCGGAUGAUUCCUGUGCAAUAAUGAUAUCCGAAUGCUGCACUUGAUUUUUAAAGUCGAACUCCUUUUAUCUAACUCUAUUUUCAUACUAAGUUACAUCGAUAUUGAGAUCUUGCUUCUAAUAUCCACCGAGCACUGUUUUCUACAUUUAACCUUCUUUUGUAAGCGGCGAAUUAUUGAUGACUUUAGUUUUUAGAGGAUGCUGUUCACUGAAUUUGGUAUUAUACAUUUCUCUGUCAGCAGAACCUAUAUUUUAAGAUACAAAUACAUUUUCAUGUGUGUUUAUUCGUGUACAUUCAAUUUAAGAUGAACCAGCUUCACGCACAAAUAAAAAGUGUAAAGUCUUGGAUUUGCUAACCUAGUUUUUUUCUAUUUCCCUUUAAAUACUUCUUUAAUUAGGACUCUUUUGGUUUUGUAUUUUUGUAAAGGUUUGGAUAUAUCCCUUUGAAAAGAUCGGAGAGCAGCUGCAUUUCUAUGGGUGUAUUUUACAUCCAUAUAACAAUAUAAAGUUCUCUGUUUACUCAUUUAGGGCACAGUUUAAUAUGUUUAAAGCCGAGGAGAGUUUUUUUGUCUCGAUUAUUCAAUGAUUACUCACCAUUUGGGCGUUUUUGGUUACAUUACUUGGGCACCUGGGCAGUAUCACAGCCCUCAC